AAAGAGCAAACAGAAAAGGGAGGGGAGAGAGAUAGAGAGAGAGAGAGAGAGGCCAGCAAGAAAGACUUUGUCAGAGAAAGGCAUAAAGGCAUCGGAGUAAAAGAGAAAGGGAAGCUCGUCUCUGUGUGUGUGUGUUUGUGAAGACAGCUGCACAAGGAAGAUGCCGUGGAGUGUGUUGGCAGUGACGGUGAUUUCAGCAGCUGUCCUGUACGUCCUCUGUCGUUGGCUCAUCCCUGCAGCUGUGCGGAGCAGCGGCUGGCUGGCACUCCUCUGGCACGCUGUCAUCCUUGAGCGGCUCCUUAACAUCGUGACCGGAUCGUCGCAACCUCAGCGCAUACUAAAAGCCGUUCAGAAAAACGCCACAAAAGGAGACCCUGAAAGCGUCAUCUCAGCCAUCGAUUAUUACUGCCGGCACAAAGAAUGGGCCAUGAACGUGGGCGAUGAAAAAGGGCUCAUACUGGAUUCGGUGUUGACGGAGGUGAACCCCAGCAUAGCUCUGGAGCUCGGCACAUACUGCGGGUACUCCACUGUCCGGAUCGCUCGACUGCUGUCCCCUGGCUCCAAAUUCAUUACUGUCGAAUUCAACCCGGCCUUUGCCGCAGUUGCUCGCCAGGUCAUUGCCUACGCUGGACUUCAGGACAAGGUUACACUAGUGGAGGGACCCUCUGGUGAUUUAAUACCGAAAUUUAAGGAACAAUUUGGGAUAAAAUCCUUUGAUUUUGUGUUUUUGGACCACUGGAAAGAUCGUUACGUGCCAGAUACUAAACUUCUCGAGGACUGUGGUCUGCUCAGGAAAGGCACUGUCCUGUUGGCUGACAACGUCAUUUGUCCUGGAAGCCCGGAAUACUUGAAAUAUGUGAGAAACAGCCCACGAUACGAAAGCCGAUACUACAAAUCCAACCUGGAGUACACCAAAGUCGAAGAUGGCCUGGAGAAAUCAGUCUUCUUAGGAUGAGAAAUGUCUUAUUUUACAAGUAGAUGAAAACAAGGUUGUACAAGGGGAAAAAGAAGAAGCCGCUUCCUCUAAAAUACCCAAUGAGUUUUGUGAGGUCAUGUCUACUAAAUUUGUCCUUAACAAAUCCCACUUGCUACGACGUAAUGCUUUAAACCGUUCCCGCUGAUCUAUAAUUUAAGACGUUUUACAACACAACCUGCUGAUAGAGUGUAUUGUUUGAUGAAGCUAUGAAAUUAAGUCUAUUAAAAAUACUUCUUGUUUUUCCUAAGCAAAACAUGUCACAGAGGUCCUUCAAUGUCAUUUUUAAAGGUUUUUAAAUUAGGAUACAUUUAAUUGAGAAGAAAAAUAUUUUU